AUGAAGGCUCCCCGCGGACAUAACGCCUCUGCUCCCAACACUGACUCCACCGUGUUCUUCUUGUCUGGUAUCCCUGGGCUGGAAGAUUUUCACAUCUGGAUCUCCAUCCCUUUCUGCUGCAUCUUCACCGUUGCCCUUCUCGGGAACACCCUCCUCCUUUAUGUGAUCAAGACGGACAUCACCCUCCACAAGCCCAUGUUUUACUUCCUCUCCAUGCUAGGCUCAGUCGAUCUGGUGUUAUCCCUCACGACCAUGCCCAAGACGCUCUGCAUCUUCUGGUUCAGGGCCAGGGAGAUCAGCUUGAACGCCUGCCUGGUCCAGAUGUUUUUCCUCCAUGCUUUUUCCAUCAUGGAAUCUGCCGUCCUCUUGGCCAUGGCCUUCGACCGAUAUGUCGCCAUCUGCCACCCGCUGAGGUACAACACCAUCCUCACCCACUCAAUGGUAGCCAAGGUUGGGCUGGUGGCCUUGGGACGGGCGGUCCUCUUGAUGUCCCCUUUGCCUUUCCUCCUUCGCUGGUUGCCCUACUGCGGCUCCCAUGUCAUCUCCCACUGCUUCUGUGAACACAUGGGGGUGGUGAGGUUGGCCUGCUCCAACACACGAUUCAACAACAUCUACGGGAUCAUUGUGGCCUUCUUGGUUGUGGCUCUGGACCUGACUUUUAUUUUCCUGUCCUAUGCCAAGAUCCUAAGAGCCGUUCUCAGCCUGGCUUCGAGGGAUGAGCAGCUGAAAGCGCUUGGAACGUGUAUCUCGCACCUGUGUGCCAUGUUGAUUUUCUAUACCCCGGUGGUGCUUUCAUCAAUAAUACACAGGUUUGGUCACCAAGUUGCUCCCCACAUACACAUCCUGCUUACAAACUUCUACCUCCUCUUCCCACCCAUGAUGAACCCCAUCAUCUACGGGGUAAAAACCAAACAAAUUAGAGAGUGCAUCCUCCGCCUCUUCCACCGGAAAAGCUUCCAAAGGGUGUGA